AUGUCCACCGCUAACGAAGAUUUCCAAGGUGUUUCGAAUUGUUAUGUGUUCAAGAGCCGGUUGCAGGAGUAUGCUCAGAAAGCAGGACUCCCCACGCCUGUGUAUGAAACUAUCAAGGACGGGCCUUCCCAUGAACCUUGUUUCAGAUCAACGGUGAUUGUGAAUGAAGUUCGGUAUGAUUCUUUGCCUGGAUUUUUUAACCGUAAAGCAGCAGAGCAGUCAGCUGCAGAGGUUGCUUUGAUGGAGUUGGCCAAAUCUGGUGAAGUUAAUCACUCCAUCACUCAACCUGUUCAUGAAACUGGAUUAUGCAAGAAUCUACUUCAGGAGUAUGCUCAGAAAAUGAACUAUGCAAUGCCAAUGUAUCAAUGCAAAAAAGAUGAUACACCACCAGGUAGAGCACCGUUAUUUUCAUGUACAGUCGACAUUGGAGGGAUUCAUUAUGUUGGGGGAACAACAAAAACAAAGAAGGAAGCAGAGAUAAAAGCCGCAAGAACUGCUUUAUUAGCUAUCCAGACAAAUGCAUCUCAGACUUCUCAAAACCAGUUUGGCCAUUUGACUGUCAUUCCAUCCAGAAAAAGAGCAGCAGAUUCUGUCGCUGAUGAGGCUUCAAAAGCUCCAAAGCCUAAGAAAGCACGCUUUAAAAGGAAAUUUCCCAAGAGGAAACCGUCUGAAGACAAGAAGCCUCGUGUUCAGACUGACAAUACUGGCGAUGGAGCAAAUAUCAAUCACGGGAUAGAAUCACUUGCAACUGCUAAUGAUGAAUCUGGCAUUCAGGAAAUCAAAUCCGAAGCAAUGUUCCCUUCAGAAGCUGUGAAGAAUUUUGAGAAUGGGAUAGAGUCACUUGCAAGUGCUAAUGAUGAAUAUGGCAUUCAGGAAAUCAAAUCCGAAGCAAUGUUCACUUCAGAAGCUGUGAAGAAUUCUGAGAGUGUGAUAAAAUCACUUGCAACUGCUAAUGAUGAAUCUGGCAUUCAGGAAAUCAAAUCCGAAGAAAUUUUCCUUUCAGAAGCUGUGAAGAAUUCUAAGAAUGGAGUAUCGACUAACCAUCGUGAGAAAGAGACGAUUAUCCAUCAUGAUGAAUUUGGCAUUCAGGAAAUCAAAUCCGAAGCAAUAUUCCCUUCAGAAGCUGGAGACGGGUCUUUUACUUUGAAUAAUCAAGAGGUUUUUGAUAAUGGGAAGUCAACAGAAUUUCAACCCAAAGAGGUCAAUCUUGAGAAUGUUGUUACAGAAGUGUCGUUUGCGCCAAGUGGAGACAUGCCAGCAAAUGGAGACAUACCAGCAAAGAGCGUUGAGAUGAUCGAACAACAUUGUAAUGGAGAUAUGGUCUCAGGCAAUUGA